AUUGCACAGAAAUAAAGUUCUUCGGAGUCCAAAUUGGACAUAUUUUGUUUCUAACAAAAUAAUUUAUUUACGCCAGAGACCAGGAGAGGAGAUGAUAUCCGACUACCUCAACCCCACAGAUGGAAGCUUCAUGCAUGAAACGUUCCCAAAAGCCCAAUACUUCAUUCACUCAUGUUGUUGGGUUUCAACAGGAUUUGGGUCGAAUCCCUGGCAACCCUGAGAAGUUCGUUUGGUGUGCAAGAGUAGUGGAGAAUUUACGCACAUACUCACACACACACCGGCUAAGAUCUUCAGUAUCAGCGUUUGCGCGUGGAGAAGCAGCAGAUGAUCACAGGAGGAAAUCUUAAAAGAGCAUCAAGGAAUCGUUCCUUAGGAUCAUGAUCAGGCUGAGAUGUUUCCAGAUGUUCUCCUUCACAAAGCCUUAGCUCCACUGGAUGUAACUCGAGAGUGCGCCCGAAUGGAGUGGUUUGGUCGGAGCGCAAGGCACUGAUUUACGCACCGCAAGUGCGCAAAAGAGACACAGAGACAGAGAGACACAGAGACAGAGAGACACAGAGACAGGAGGAGAGUCUUCUGUAUUUUGUUUGCUUGUUUGUUUGUUUGUUUGUUUGUUUGUUAUUUUGUUUAGUAAAGGGUUUCCCGCAGUUAUGCGCACUCGGAGUGGAGUUUUGCGCUCCGUGGCGCUUUUCAGCCUCUUCCUUGCGUCAGUUGACGGAUUCCCCAGCAGAAAUCAGAGGAUUGGCGAGACUAAAGCCAGAGGAAACACCGCUCUUACGGCUGGAAGCCAGGUUCGUUCUGUAGAUUCAAGACGGACACUGGAGGACCUUCAGGAGCAAAACCAGCUGAGCAGGAGCAGAUCACCUCCACGCCGACACAAAAGGAGAUGGCCGCAGUUUCGUUCCGAGGGAGCUCUGCCCAAACCUGCACCCGAGGAAGAGACGCCCUUUAUCUUAGACUUGAAGAACUUCCCUGACCUUGCUAAUGCAGAUCUGGGUUCACAGAAUCCAAAUAUCCAGGUAACCAUUGAGGUUGUGGACGACCCUCAGAUGGAGGUUGAGAUGGACCUGGCUAAAGAGGGAAGGAACGACUGGCCUCUGAACUCUGAGGAAUGGUUAGGCCACAAGAAACUCUUUUGGCCUCUCUUUUGGGAAUACCACGACUCCAGCGAGGAAAGCGCAGGCCAGGCUAGUUUAGAGGAGAACGGUGACGACCUGAGCUACGGAGGAGAAGAUUCGCUGCUGAGUGGAGUAGGAGUGGACUGGGAUGGCCGCUGGAAGGGCUGGGGGUCGAUGGAGAGUUAUGAUUAUGAGGAAGAGGAAUGGAGCGACUGGUCCCCGUGCAGUGCCACCUGCGGCCACGGCACCCAGAAGAGGGUUCGGUCAUGCGGAUACGCCUGUACAGCUACUGAGUCUCGCACGUGUGACCUGCAACGGUGUCCAGAUGACCUGAACCCUGUGACGGAGCUCAUUCCUCACGAGAUGAUGAACGGCACCGAUGCCUUCGAUACGGAUGUGGACAGCUGUGAGAAGUGGCUGAACUGCAAGAACGACUUCCUGCAGAAGUAUCUCAAUCAGGUCCUAACCGAAUUACCCAGCUGCCCCUGCGUUUACCCGGCCGAGGUCGUCUACAGCGCCGUGAACAUCUUCGACGAGAAGCUGCGCAAGAGCUACCGGUGGCGCGACGCCAGCGGACCCAAAGAGCGCCUCGAUAUCUACAAGCCGUCCGCGCGGUUUUGCGUGCGCUCCAUGUUGUCAUUUGACAGCCCCACGCUCUCCGCCCAGCACUGCUGCUAUGACGAUAACAUGAAGCUGAUCACGAGGGGAAAAGGUGCUGGAGCGCCCAACCUUAUCAGCACCGAGUUCUCUCCGGAGCUCCAUUACAAGGUGGACGUGCUUCCAUGGAUCCUGUGUAAAGGAGACUGGAGUCGCUUCCACUCGGUACGUCCUCCCAACAACGGAUUGCUGUGCGUGGAGAACCCUCUGGAGGAUGUCUAUAUGAACGAGCUGGAAGAGGCUCGGGAGUACUGAGAGGCAAAGCUGUCUCAUCUCAGAACUAUUAAUAUAUACAGUAUUUCGCUGCAAGAUACGAUGCUGAAAAACGGCAUUUGUACACUGUUUAUAUUCACCUCAACUCUCACAACAGCUAGAACACAGUACAGUUCCGCACAAAUGCAACCAUCUCAAUCUUUCGCACUUUUCCCCAGAGCCAGUUAAAGCAAUCAGGGACUCUUUCAAAAGACCAACCUCUGGAGCAGGUUCACUGUAUUUAUCAGGUUCAUAUCCUUGACCCUUCUUGUUUUGGUCAUGAAAGUAAUUCCAGUCAGGCUGUAAAACUUGAGUCCAGACAGAAUCCCUGCUUGUUAUCUUAGACUCAAAGCCCCGAGUUGGCGCUCGUCUAACGCAGGCAAGAUCAAUCCAAAUAAAUCAAACACGAGCUCGAGUGCCGCAUGCGCGUGGCUUCGAAAUAUUUCACAGCUCUUCCUGAGCCUGCAUGUUUCUCCCAGAUGUGCUUGGAUUUAGUGUCGUGUAUCAUUUUCAGAGUUUUACAGAUGCUGGCGCUGGAUUACAGUCAUCACGGAGAUGCCUUGUUUUGCUUCUUGAACGGGAUAAAGAUGUCACCCUUUUAGCAACAGCUCUCCAAAUAUCACAUGCACAUAGCAUGAUAAUGGCUAAACAUUUAUCAAGGUUUUAAUACUAUCAUACAUCUGUGUUCCCUGAGGUCAUUCAGCUUUCCAAGAUAAAGACGCCUGCUGUAGAUAUAAAAUACGUAGCCGUGAUGUUCCCACCUCAGUGAUAAGUAUUUGCACAGUAAAGAGUCAGUGUAGUCGAUUAUUUUCUUAGAAUUGUCGAUUGCGUUCUUCAACAUAAACGUGAACGAUAUUCUUGCGAAUUUGUCUGCAAUUAAGGAUCUCUUUAAAGAGCUUCUAGAAGGCAUUAUAUGCAAAAGGAAAUCAGUUGUCUUGACACAUUGAUUUUGGAUCUGCAAAGAUGCAAAGAAAUGGUUUGAGAAGCUCCCAAAUGCAGCAGUCCUCCACAGUGGUAGUAACAGCUGGAGAACAUCUAGACAUAUAAUAAUGCAAAUUUUCACGACAGGUAUUUUUUUUAAUUUGACAACGUAAAACACAUACUUGUUUAUGCUCUUAGAGGUUCUCCAGUUUUCUAAUUCAAUAAGCUGCUUCAAAAGUAUUUGGACAGUUCUACCUGAAACUGUUUAACAGUUCUAAGGUAUAAUCUUUAAAGGCUGUAUGUAAAACUCUACAGCAGGCAGUUCAUUUCUGUUCAAAGUGUAAGUUGAAUACUACACUUCUAGAAAAAAGUCCAUUUUUUUUUAAACAUUUUUAAUUUUUUUCCUCUGAGAGAAUCUUAUUUCAAACCUAUUUAACAGGUUUCAAAUAGAAUCCUUUUCUGUCUGAGUCAAACGCAAGUAUUACAUGAAAGGUUCCUUCAUUAUCUGGUUUAUUCCUCUGGGAGAACCUCUAAAGAGCCUUUUGACAGCAGAUUCCUCUGUUACAGAGGGUUCCAAGUAGAACCCCUUUCUGCACUUCUAGGCAGCAUACGCUACUUACGAGGACUCAUAAUUCUUCAGGUUGUCCCUGAGAACUUUUACAUAGAUUUCAUAGACUUGAUAGUGUAUUUGGUUCGAUCCUCUGGCAGAGCUUGUACAUUUUUUUUAUGAGGAACGCUGCGAGAGGAUUUCAGUGAUUCCGAGAGGAUUCCAAAUAGAAAAGUAAAAUCCUUCAAAAGUAUACAACAGGUUCUACUACAGAUGAAACUCCUUUCAAAGAAGGUACUAUGUAGAAUCUCUUAUCUCGAGCAGGCAUCAUGUUAGAUUGUGAUCACACAGAUUAUCUCAAGAACAUACAUUCUCACCACAAAAUGUCACCUACCUCAAAAGCCUCCUAACAACACAAUAUACUGUACUGUAUAACCUUACCUAAAUAUUCAUCAAGCAUAGCCCAUAAAAUCCACCACCAUGCUUCGAAGAGUUGACGGUAUAUAUUAUUAACAACAGAAUUUGGAACUGAAAUAGACUUUAUUUGGAUUAUAUUUAAAUAAACUAGCUUAGAAUAGUACUUCUGUGAAGCAUGGUGGUGGCAGCAUCGUGAUAAGAGAUGUCUGGCAUUUUUCCAAACUAUAUUAGUUUCAAUUCAAUGUGUGGAUGUUCCUGAUGAAAAAGUUCAAGCAGGGUGAACACGUAUACACUGUACUGGCACCCUACGGAUUUAGUUAGUUAAUUACUUAACACCUGAGACUCAUCGUUUGUGUAGACUCUCCCUUUCUUUUUUUAAGGGCAGGAAGGAUGUAUGGGGAACAAACAACAUUUGAGCAGAGAACAAUGAGCGCGUGCUUUGCAAAUCCCCACCGAGUUCCAAGUGUAUCAAAGCCCACUUGUAUUGCAAAGGGAUGUUGUUUUAAGAGCUAAAGCUUCACCUUUCAGCCUGGGUGUUUAUCUUGAUCAGUGUCUUUGUGCAAUGUUGAAAAAGAACACCGGGGGAUUGGGCAAUGCAAAGGCGCGUUGACAGGUGAAUCUCGCACCACUGUAAAAACAUGCACGUCUGGGUGACAUCUUAAUGACUGAAUUGAGACGUGACCCAUCCUGAAUAUCCUGGAGUGCACCACUGCUUAUCACAGCUGGCUUUCUUCCAUCACAUUCUCAUAUUCUUAUAUACUGACAGUCAAAAGAUUUUGAACAUAGAAGUUUUUUUUCCACCUUUACAUUUUGCACACUAUUGACAGUUUAUUGAAAGCUUUAUUUAAAGCCAGAUUUGUCUUAUAGUAGAUUUAACACACACUUAGUAUUUACUAUAAGACAAAUUUUUGUUGAUCUAGAUGUUCGUUUUCAAAUAAAAUCAAGUCAGAAUAAUUUCUCAUUUUACUAUUUAUUACUUAAAUUUUCUCCUUCUAUAGUAUUUAUAAUGAAUGGUAGUAGAUGGUGUCCAAAAACCUUUGACUGGCAGUGUCUCCCCAAGAUGUAGUUUUUUUAACACCUGCAUGCAGAUUGCUCUGGUCUCUAAUCGCUAUCUAUUACCAGACGUCACAUGGUGUGAUUCUGAAUUAUAUUUUUUUAGCAAUAAGAAUUGAAUUAUAGUUUUAAAAAAAAAAAGCUGUGUGAAUGAAACUCAGUGUGCAAACAGCUCAUUAGGUUUAUUAAUAUUCUCCUUAGAUGUCAGUGUGUGUCAGUAAGCAUCCCUUAACAUCUUUAACAUCGAGCACCCGUAAAUGAACUGGAUCUCCUGUUGAGUUUCCCUCACAUUCCAGCGUCCAGGAUCUCAUACGGCGCAGCUGUGAAGGAGCUUUAAUCUCAGCGUAGGAGCAUCCCGCGCACUUUGUUAUGGCAUGUCCGCAUCACGUUUCAGCGCCAUGGAAUCCACGAGCCGUGUGGUAUGCGUACAGGCCAGGAGGUGUGCGUGCGGCCACUGGAAAACUGCGAGAGCCCGGAACACGAGGGCACUCGCGUCUGGCCUCGGUUUCUCGUCGAUUCCUCUGAAGCCUUGCCAGGCUUUUACGCUCCUGUUUUGUUUUAGCACCAGGCCCUCGAUCCAGGUUGGCGUUUUUUAAAAGCGUAUUGUCAACGUGUCUAAAGCUCUCCAAGAGAUAUUGCAGGAAAAUCUAGAGCUGACGAAUUGAACUGACAAAACUCGAAUUUCAGUGAAAGUUUACGUUUUUAUAGUCUUUCAGGAAGGAUUGAAGAUUGUGUCACUUUUAAGAAACGUCUGAAAGAACGGCACUUUAUUUAAAAGAUAAAUAAUAAAUAAAUAAGUGGAUAUAUAUCUCUCUGUAUAUAUUAUCAUUAUGCUAAAUAAUACCUGCAAUGUAUAAUUUAGAUUCAAUUUUUAUUUGUGUGUCGUUAUUGUAAAAGGGAUAAAUUACACCUCCUAUGCUGCAUUCUUAACGGAUUUUGUACGGGAUGUAAAAUAUCGGGCAUGUUGCGCCAUGUUACGUCAUGUCAUGUCAGGUCAUGUCUGUUGUUGUUAGAUUUAUUAUUGUACAGUAUUUAUUAUUUUCCAGGAUCCAUAAGAUGCACUAUAUAUGAAGCCGAGUGAAAUCUCACCCUGUUGGUGGUUGGAUGUUUUUUUUUGUGAAAAAGGGAAUGUGUUUGUGUCACGCCACACACCACACUACUUCAGUUAUAUGCAUUUUUCUUUUUAGCCACCUCUGUCCGAGAUAUAAUAAAUUUAACAGUUAAUGCGAAA